AUGGAUAAUGUUAGUACGAAAAAUAGCGACAUUGCAAAAUUGAAUGAAAGCACUAAUAACGGUGAUGAUAGGAAACGCAAUCAAAAUGAAGUAGUCGAUAGGAAAAGGAAAAGGCACAAGAGAAGCGGACAUAAAGAAAGGCGGCACAUUAGGAAACACAGUAAAAAAUAUUCCAAAACAGAAAUUGUUGAAGAAGGCUAUAGCAAAGAAAGCAAUGAUGAUGCAGCAAAUCCAAUACCUAAAGAAAAGCAGGUCCUCAUCCAAAAUGUAUUGAAGAACAAACACAAGAAAUCUCAAUUCCCUCAGGUAGAAGUCGGAGCGAAGCGAAAGAAGAAGCGUAAACACAAAGAUCAUAAAACCAACGCACCCACUGAUAUGUCGGUGAUAAUCAACACCUCAAAUACUGAUCCAGAAAAAAGUAACGAUAGACAAUCAGAUAGUGUUAAAAGUCCCAGUAGCAAAAGAUUAAAGACUUCCAAUCAUUUCAGUAAGUCCUGUUCUACGACUAGCAAUGCGCCAUCUGAUAUAGACGCAAGCGAUGUUAUACAUGCUGAGUGGAGGAUAUCUAAGGAAAAAAUGAAAGAUUUAGAAGAGAAAGGUAUAUCUGUAAUGAAUGGCAAAUGGACUAGAGAGGAAAACGAAUUAAUCGAAGCAAAUAUUAACCGUUAUAUGAAGGAGUAUGGGAUUCAAGAUCGCGAGAAAUUACUAUUUUGUAACAGGAAAGACGCCCCGACAUCGAAAGCAGAAAUGUAUCGCUAUUUUGCUCAGGGAAUUUGUCGUGAAUUGCAUGCCGCAUACAGACACAUUUUAAGAAUUUAUCACCCAUCUUAUGGAAAACCGAUUUCGUCGGAAGAAAUGGUGCAAUUACAUAGUUUAUAUGCCAUUCAUGGUAACGACUGGAAAACUAUUGCUAAGGCUAUCGGCCAAUCGAAUAUUUGGGUAGAACACAAAAUCAGAUAUUUGGAACAGAAAAGUAUGGCAUGCAAUACAGGUAAAUGGAGUAAAGAUGAAGACAAUAAGCUACGAUCUAUCGUCUUGAAACAUACCGAAAAUAAUUCCGGACCAUGCCGCAUCCCCUGGUCUCAAGUCGCGAAAGAUUUGGGAACACGUAAUGCAAAUCAGUGUAGAUCUAGAUGGCUGUUCAGCAACCAAAAUGCAACUAAUUGCGAUAAUAAUGGGAAAGUAAGAAAAUGGGGAUACUUCGAUACCGCUAAGCUAAUAUUUAGAAUUUCGGAAUUGAACCGUACAUCUGAGAAUGACAUCGACUGGGCUACCAUAGCGAAGAAUUGGCCCUGGUCUUGCACUUCAGAGGCUUUGGCUUUUAAAUGGACCAGAAUUAGAGCUAAAGUCCCUAAAGAUAAUCAGCGCAACCUAACAGAAAUACUGAAUUGGUUGCGUGAAAGUGACUAUUUGAAGUCAAUCCAUAGCAAAGUUGGAUCAAAUAUGCAAAAACUAUGA